AUGGGAAAUCUACCGAGAGAAAGAGUUAAUCCCUCCCACCCAUUCACUAAUGUUGGGAUAGACUAUGCCGGCCCGAUACAAAUGAGAUUAUCCAGAGGUAGAGGAUCCAAAUCCUUCAAGGGAUACUUAUCCAUUUUCGUCUGUCUCGCAACAAAGGCAAUACAUCUGGAAGCAGUAAGGGACCUUUCUACAGAAGCAUUCAUGGCUGCCUUCAGAAGAUUCACCUCGCGACGUGGGUUAUGCUCUGCAAUAUUCAGUGACAAUGGAACCAAUUUCAUCGGAGCUAAACGUAUACUUGACAAAGAAUAUCAAGAAGCCAUUAAUGAAAGUUCAAUAGAGAAGGCAUUAGCAGAAAAAUCGAUAAAAUGGCACCGCAUACCACCUGGCAGCCCACAUUUCGGCGGACUAUGGGAAGCUUGCGUAAAAUCUACGAAGUUUCACCUACGAAGAAUUGUUGGAGACCACAAACUGACCUUCGAAGAAAUGAGUACACUCCUAUAUCAAAUAGAAGCUUGCCUCAACUCUCGCCCUCUUAUCCCAAUCACCGAAAAUCCACAAGAAUUAGAUGUGCUGACGCCUGGACAUUUUCUCAUAGGAAAAUCACUACAUUCAAUCCCUGAACCAGAGAUCAAUGAAAAGAAUAUCACCCUACAAGAUAGAUGGAGGCUUAUACAAAAAAUGAAACAAGACUUCUGGAAGAAAUGGACAUCGGAAUAUCUCUCCAGAUUGCAACAAAGGAGCAAAUGGACGGAUAAAAAAGAAAACAUGAAAAUAGGAGAUAUCGUACUAGUCAAACAGGACAACGUUAAUCCCAACUAUUGGCCCUUGGGAAGAGUGACGCAGUGUCACCCAGGAAACGACGGAUUUGUGAGAGUGGCUACGAUACGAUGCAAAGAUGGGAAAGAGAUCAGAAGACCUAUAACCAAAAUCUGCAUACUCCCGGUCGAGCAAGAAGAAACGAUAAGACUAACAAAGUCGGACCUUCCUCGAAAAAUCGACUGA